UAAAAAUCGGUUUCUCUCUGCAUUGUGCAGAACUGACCACCCAGCACACAGUACUUUUUCCCUCUCACCGUCUUCUUCCCUCCUCCAGCCACCAGUCAUCGCCUCGUUUCAAUAAGCGAGUAAAAGACACGCGCCUCCACCAUGAAAGAAGUGACGGUGGAAGCUGAAAAUGGCCACGGCGGCGCUUAUUCUUCCGCAGGCUCACGCGGCGUGGUGAGACGAGGCGGAGGAGACGAUUGUGGGGGAUCAUACCAAGUAAUGGAAGAUAAGCCUUCAAAGUUUGAAGUUAUGGGAUGGUAUCUCUACGAGUUGUGCUCCUACUUCAUCCAAACAGUUCUGAUUCCACUUGUUUUCCCUCUCAUUAUCAGUCAGUUACAGCACCUUCCUUCCAACCCAGACCCGGUUCAAGACUGGCACUUUCACCACCCUGGUUUAACCUGCCCAGACAAAGAAAUUCACCUCUACAGGAAGCUCACACAGAGAACAAUUAGUGUGAGUGGUUCUCAUUUCUCUUCUUUGGAAUGGACCUCAAUAGCAUGGGCUAGUGGUCUGGCCAUGGCGGCUCCGAUCCUUGGCUUCGUUUCCUAUCAUCUCGACCGGAACCUUCAUCCCAUCAUUGCAGCUGCGGCCACCGGCGUCGGAGCUCUCUUCUGCCUCCCCGCAGGAUUCUUCAAGAUCACCAAGAUCUUCAUCCCUUACAUCGCCGGCAUUGUCGCGGCCAGCACCGUAGCCGGUGCGGCUCACAAUCAUCAUCUCGGCCUCAUGGUUCAUGCCUUUACGGGUCCCUUCCUUACCAAACCUCAAUACCGCAUUCGCCAAGCUAUUUCUCACCGUCUUUCCCUGUACUCCGCAGCAAUCGGAUCCGUCGGCGCUGCCAUCAUCUCCGCCUUUACCUACCACAUGCUGGACGAGCCUAACGAGCAUGAGUUCAUUAGCCUAUGGAUUGUGUCGAUCUUCAGUGGCCUGUUAUGGCUUGUCGGCGUCUUACACGUCUACACAUCCUCGAACAGAGCAGCCUCCUCUCUUCCUCCGCCUUCAAAGUUUCACCCUUUUUCGAUUCUCAAAUACCCCCACGCCAUCGGAGGCCUCGCCGGUGUCUUUCUCUCUUCGUUCACCACCAUGUGCAUUUUCAUAGGAGGAGUGAUCUUCAUCGUGGGUCAGCAGUGCAUCAAGCCGCUUCACUUGCUGUUCCUCUGGCUGACUUACUUCCUCUUCCCUCUGCUUUCUCUGCCAUUACUCCAACCUUUUCAACAUCUGAUAAGAAUCGACGCCGUGAGAAUGCAGAUCCUGGGGUUUCUGCUAUCCAUCUUCUCUUCUGGGUUUGGCUUCUUCUACAAUGAUAAUCCUUGGAAAUGGGGUUACUUGCUGAUAUUCGGCGCGAUACAGGGAACAUCGGCGGGUGUACUGCACGCUUCCGGGAGGAUACUAGUGAUGGAGUGUGCGCCGGCGGGGAAAGAAGGUGCGUUCGCGAUAUGGUUGUCGUGGUUGAGAGCCGCCGGAUUGUGUGCAGGCUUAACGGUGGGUUCGGUGGUUCCUGCUCGCAGGAUACGAACUUCGUUCGGGUCAGCGUUUUGCGGUGCGCUUGUGGGGAUAUUGGGUCUGCUUUUCAGCAAGGUGAGUGACGUCGGAGGAGCGGUGGCGGCCGGGCAUGUGAUUGCAGAGGAAAGUGAGAGAGGCUCGAAUGCGGCAUCUGGAUUGGAUUCGAAGGAGAGGGAAGGUUCGAGAGUUUAAUUUGACGAAGCUUGGAGGUGCGAGAGAAUAUGUACGGAAUUCAUAAAUGCAUAGCGGCUUGCAUUUCUGAUCGUGAUUCUUUUUCUUUGGGGUCAACGCAUCUGUUUUCGUCUGUAAUGGGAAUUGGAUAACUGUAUCUCGUUCCGUAAUUGCACAAAUUUACCAAUUAUUAUUGUCCGUUUAUAUAUAUAUAUAUAUAUAUAUAAUA